AUGGACGCGAUCGAUGUCCUCGCGGCGCGCGUGGCGAACGACCCCGAGCGCGCGUGGGGCGCGGUGAUGAAGCGCAUUAAAGUCGCGAAAGAUGCCUUCAUCGACGGUGGAGCGCGCGCGACGGAUACGCCCGCGCACGCGGUCGCCGCGGCGCUGCUGCCGAUCGCGGACGCGCUGGACGACGCGCGAAGAAGCGCGCUCGCGUUCAAGACGACGAACGACGGCGCGAACGCGCGCGCGGUGGCGACGGCGGCGACGGCGGCGCGCGCGUCGACGAAGGACGCGGCGUUCGUCGCGCGAGGCGUCGGUUUCAACGCGCCGAGAGGGAAAUACGACGCGCACGUGAUGAAGAACGGAGACUUGGUGCUGGAAAAUACGAAAGGGGCGCAGAUAGUGAUCGAGGGGCGGGACGUGCGACGGGUGCUGCGAUUGGAGACCGGAGACGCGAAUCAGACGAGUCUCGUCGUCGUGGGCUUGCGAGGCGAAGGCGCGCAAAACGGAAAGAGUCGAUUGAAGACGCUGUGUGCGACGUUCAGAGGGAAGGAUAAGCUCGUGAUCGAAAGAGGUGGAGACGGUGACGGCGCCGAGGACGACGAGGGCGACGGUGAGGAGGGAUCGACGCACGCGGCGCGGUUGUUUUUUCGCGCGCUCGAACGCGAGUACGGCGCGGAAACGUGCGGGACGACGAAUCCCGUCAAAGUGUUCGCCGGAACGAAGGGUUUCGGUCACGUGCAAGCGACGAAAGGGUUCAACUCGGGACACUUAUUCUUUCUCAAAGAAGGCGUGGCGUUCGGACCGAGCCCGGCGAUGUACGUGCACUUUGACGAUUUGGAAGACUUGCGCGUGCUUCGCGCCGAAAACGCCGGUUCGAGCACGUUUGAUUUGUCCAUGACGCUCGAAGACGGCGUCGCCGUCGAGUUCUCGAACAUUUCCCGAGAUGAGCUCGAACACGUCAGUAGGUACUUGGCCAAGCGGUGCACGAGCGCGGACGACGCGCCGAGUGCGGCGGGCGCGCUCGGCGACGAGAGCGACGACGACGAGAGCGACGAAGACGACGAAGAUUUCACUGGCCAAGAACCGGAUUCGAGCGGCGACGACGACGACGACGACGACGACGACGGCAACGAAGGUAAUGAUAUGGAAUAUUCGUUCGACAACUCGGACGAAGUGCGCGGUGACGCCUCGGAUGCGAGCGACGCCGAGGCCGCGACGGACGAUCGAGCCGAAAAGCGUCGCCGCGUCGACGCCGAACGACCGUCCACUCAAGCGCAAGCGCCCGCCGCCGCGGAUUCCAGCGGAAGUGAUUCCGAAUCCGACGACAACGCCUUCACCGUGCAAGUCGCGAGGCCGUAG